AGGGGGGGAGAAGCUCGGAGUCGCUGUCGCCGCCGCCGCCAUGUUGUCCGUGACCGGCCGCUUUACCCCGCUCGCCCCUUACCUCUCGGCCGUGGCGCACGCCGUGCCGGCCCCGCUGAAGCCCUUGGCGGCCGGGUUGGCGCCGGCGGCCGUGAAGUUGCCGGCCCUGGAGCCCAAGCGGCCUCGGCUCUGCCAGGAGUCGCUCCGCGGCCAGGCGGCCCGAGGGGGCCUCGUCGUCACCAACAGCCUCAACGCUCCCGCUAGCAUUCGUUUCCUCCACAACGAUAUCACUGUGCCAGACUUCUCCCACUACCGUCGCCAUGAGGUAAUGGACAGCACAGAAUCAUCCCAAGAGAGCAGCGAAAGCAGAAAGGCCUUCUCCUACUUUCUGGCAGCAACAACAACUGUGGCCACAGCAUACGUGGCUAAGAAUUUUGUCCAUGAGGUCGUCCUCAGCCUGAGUGCCUCUGCAGACGUGUUGGCCUUGGCCAAGAUUGAGAUCAAGCUGUCCGAUAUUCCAGAAGGCAAGAGCGUGGCUUUCAAGUGGCGAGGGAAGCCCCUCUUUGUGCGUCACAGAACCCAGAAGGAGAUCGAUGAAGAAGCACAAGUAGAUUUGGCUGAGUUAAGAGACCCGCAGCACGAUUUAGACAGAGUAACGAAACCGGAAUGGGUUAUACUGAUUGGUGUGUGCACCCAUCUUGGUUGCGUGCCCAUUGCUAACGCUGGAGAUUAUGGUGGCUAUUAUUGCCCUUGCCAUGGGUCACAUUAUGAUUCAUCUGGCAGAAUCCGUAAAGGUCCAGCUCCGUCAAACCUUGAGAUUCCACAGUAUGAAUUCUCUUCAGAAGAUUUACUUAUUGUGGGUUAAAUUCCUGGACCCUUGCCUCUAAGCGUGGUGUGUGCCCACUGAGGAAGGAGGCCGGUGUAACGUAAUGUAAAAAUGAGUCAAGUCAUACGGUAUUCCUAACUGUCCAAAGUUGUUGUUCAGCACGAAUGAUGUGUUUGCAUACUUGGUCGGUUUUAAUAAAGGAUUGAACUGUUGCCCUACAA